AUGAAGUUUGGAAGGAAAAUCGCGGCCGACCUCUACAACGAAUGGCGACCCUACUACAUCGACUAUAACUUGUUGAAACGCGAACUCAAGAAACGCACCUCGUCGCAUACCUGGAAUAACGAGGAUGAGCGCGAGUUCACGGCCAUGCUCAAGAGAGAGCUCGAUAAAGUCCACAACUUUCAGAAGCAAAAGACCACAGAGCUCUCUAAUCGAAUACGAGACGCAGAGAGGGACGCGAAGCGGCUGGUCGCACAACUGGAAGCUUCUAAGCCACCCUCAGAACAGUCUGCUGAUCCUGAAUCACAUGACUCGCGUCCUUCAGAUUACGGACCCGACGAAGGCUCUGACGACGAUGGUGACCUCGAGGAAGCAGAUUCCUACGAGGAGCUCGAAGACCUCUUCCACGGUUUGGAAGAGGAAGUCGCAUCUCUCGUCGCCGAUGUUCAUGACCUUGCCCUGUACACUAAACUCAACAUCACGGGUUUCUUGAAAAUUCUCAAGAAACAAACCAACUUCAGUUUGAAACCCACGUUCGUUCAAGAAUACUUGGAAGAGCGUCCGUUCUACAGGUAUAAUUGGGAUGCUAUCAUAGUUAAACUUUCCAAGCUUUAUGAUCUCGUCCGUACCCGAGGACAUCCCGUCCAGGGUGACUCCUCUGCCGGAGGUACCCAAAGCGCGUUUGUCAGACAAACCACAAAAUAUUGGGUACACCCGGAUAACUUGGUUUCCCUCAAACUUGCUAUACUGAGGCAUUUGCCUGUUCUCGUCUUCAACACUGAUAAGGAAUUCGAGCCCAAGGAUUCAGCCAUAACGUCAAUCUACUUCGAUAAUGAAGACCUCGACCUAUAUCUUGGUCGCUUGGAGAAGACAGAGGGAGCAGAAGCCAUUCGUUUGCGAUGGUACGGGGAUACAGACGUCAAGACAAUAUUUGUCGAACGUAAAACCCAUAGAGAGGAUUGGACCGGAGAAAAGUCCGUGAAAGCGCGUUUCGCGAUCAAAGAGCACUUAGUGAAUGCAUUCCUGCGUGGAGAAUACACCGUGGAUGCCGACUUGCAAGCUUUGGCCGACAGCGGCAAGAAGACACAGGCAGAAGUUGAUUCUAUGAUACAGCUUGCAAACGAGGUACAGUACCGCCUACUAACUCGUAACCUUGUCCCUGUCAUGCGGACAUUUUAUAACCGGACAGCCUUCCAGUUACCUGGAGACGCCCGAGUACGCAUCUCUUUGGAUACUGAGCUGACGAUGGUGAGAGAGGAUAAUUGGGAUGAACGCGUACGAUCUGGAAACAAUUGGCGUCGGACGGACAUCGGUAUCGAUUGGCCUUUCUCUCAGGUGCCAGAUGAAGACAAGGAAUUAUUCAAGUAUGGAGUGUUGGAAGUCAAACUUCAAACGCAGUUCGGACAGGAACCACCGAAGUGGGUGACUGAUCUAGUUCAGUCACAUCUUGUAGAGGCAGUUCCCAAGUUCAGCAAAUUCAUCCACGGUUGUUCAACCCUGCUUCCCAACCGCACCGAUCUCGUGCCAUAUUGGCUUCCACAAAUGGACAUUGACAUUUUGAAACCUAAUACCGGUUACCUAACGGUAGAGCGUCCUGCUACGUCCUCUUCAAAGGGGACUCCCGAACAAGGAUCUUCUGGCCUCAUGACGCCGUCGCAUGCUUAUGCUGAGCCUGUUUCGGAGGGAGAGGAAGAUGAAGACAUGGACUUGGUUCCUGCCAAGGACGAAGGAGGACGUACCGGUCUUCCACACCAGGAUGUCGCUGCAGCGAUCGCAUUCCGUGAAAAAUCGCUCAAAGAACGAGAUGAUUCUGGUUCGACAGGCGGUGGAUCGCCUCCUCGUAAUGCAAUUGACCGUGAUGAAGUCCUUGAGGAUGAGGAAGCCGAUGAGCGUACUCCAUUCUUACAGGCUCGGCGGAAGUCAGCGGCGUUGCCUCCACAACCACAACAAUACAAAACCAUUUCCAUCGAUCCUCUUGCACCUUCGUCCGCAUUCGACCAAACACUGCGCGAACGACUUCAAAGUGCGGACACCACUAAGAUCAGAGCAGUCGGGGAGGAAUCUACAGAAGCUAGAGGAUUGGUCGAGGACGAAAUUCAAGAGAGCGAAAGAUUGCUUGUGCGUGACUGGAUUGCACCGUCUGGUAAGAAGAUCGCUGUUCCGGUUCGCAUAGAGCCGAAGGUGUAUUUCGCCAACGAGCGCACGUUCUUGAAAUGGCUUCAUUUCGCUAUCCUCAUCGGUACGAUUGCUACAACACUUCUCAACUUCAUUCCUCCGGAGGACACGAGAGGGCUCAUCAGUGCAGCCCUCUUUACGGUUGCGGCACUGCUCGCUAUUGCAUAUUCAGCCAUUGUCUUCUUGUACCGUGCACUUCGCCUCCGUGCUCGCAGUGCGGAAGGUUUGUACUACGACAAGUACGGUCCGACGAUUUUGUGCAUUGUUCUUUUUAUGGCAUUGGCUACGAAUAUUGUUAUGCGUCUCCCUGGCUAG